UUGUCUCUAAACUUGAAAGCGAAGGAGUUGCUAACCCGCAUGAACAAGUCUCUCACUCCCUUUUCUUUCUUCCUUCAAGUGUCUAUAUAUACAUACAUGGCACAACGUUUGAGUUCAGUUGAUUUCACGUAAUUCAUCGACUUUCAAGAUCAGUCUGUCAUAACUCGUUUUCACCCUAUGGCUUACAUUCCUCGUCACAAGCGGCAUUCAAAGGUUCUAGAGAAGUUAUCAACAACUCCAGAGUUUCUUGUUCCUCGGUUUAAGAGAGACACAAAUUUAAAGUCAGCAAAAUCUUAUAUAGAGAGAAGUGGGAAGAUUGUAUAUGCAAACAAUGCCAUAUCUAGAUGGAUUAUGGUUGGUUCGACUCUGGCUGACCAAUUUCCUGCUUCUGUUAAUCUUGAACCGGUUUCCCUCGAAGCCUUUGAGCAGAGAACGGUAGGAAAGCCUCGGGCUUUGGUCAACAGUCAUCUGAUGAGAGAAGAGUGUAAUGAUCAAAGUGGGAGCAUUUUGAGUAGACCGUGGGCAUCACUAAGUGGAACAUUAUUACAAGACAUCUUAUCUACUUUUGAAAUCAUGAAAAAUGAAAUGGUUUUUCAUGAGUUGGAAGUAAUAAAGCCAGUGUUGGUUGCUAGAUUUGGUAAAGUUCUUUUCCAUGGGAGCCCUUCUGUGAGCCUUGAGGGCAUUAAAGAAAGUGAAGUUGCUGAAGCUACUCUGAGACAAUUAAGAAGAACAUUUUACACGAGUGUUCCUACAUCAUAUAUGGAAAAUAUUGUCGAUGUAGUUGCCCCAGAAAUUGGAGUGGAUUUUGAAGACGAGAAAGACAUAUACCAUGUAAAGCUGUCUGAUAGCAGAAGACAAGAUGCACUCAUUUCAUGCAAAUGCAAUGUGACAAAUGAUAACAGGCUUGAACUCUAUAAGGUUGAACUCAACCAAAUUCGUCACAUGGUUAUAGACAUAUCUUGCCUUGAAAAAAGUCGAGACCUGAGGCUAAUGUUCUGUGCCAAGAGGAUCUUAACAUCUCUGACUGACGAUGAGAAGUGUAGCAUUAGAGAAUUGAUCAAUUCUGCAGUUCCAGAUGCAGAUGUAAAGGGCGGACUGAGAUGGCCUGUUGGAAAAGCAUCUUCUGGAGAUAGAGAUAGAUACAACGUCAUUGGGGUUUGGCACACGAUAUCGAAAACAUACAAUAGUCCAUCUUUGAGGCUCAAGGUAAGACAUGCUGAUCGAUUUGAUUUCAAAACUUCGACUGGGGAAGCUACGAACGAGAUUGUGCUGAAGUUGAAAGGAAUCGUCUCAGAAUUGCAGGAACACAAGUUGCAAGACUCGGUCUCUGUCAUGCUUGAAGACACCUUGAAGUUGAUAUGGGAGCACUUCCUGAGCCAUGAACAUUCUCCUCUGUCAUGAAAUCCCUGUGUGGAUGGUGGUGUACUAAAGUGUCAUUACUACAACUAUAUGAUAUGGGUUGAAAAUGGGUGUCUGUGUUUUGAUAGUUAAGUUCUUUGCAUCUUUUGUUGUUGAGUGGUUAAGUGAGUGCUGUUGGGUUUUUGUCAAUAUGGUCUGUUUUCCAUUUGGCUUGUAAUUUUUAUGAGACUGAUACUGUUUUGUAAAGAAAUGUGUUUUUCUUCCCUUAAAAAGGGCUUUCUUCUCCUGUCAUUGCUUAUGCAGUGCUUAUGAUCAUAUGAAUGAAGGAAACAUCUCCACAUUUUUAUGA